AUGUUCAACAACGCUGCUCCAGCCUCCACCCCAUCGGGGAACAUUGACGCCUACGCCCUCUUCGAGGCUCUGACGGGAAAGAAGAUUGACAAGGACGCAAUCUCCGAGUCCUCGUCCUCAAGAACUGCAUCCGAGGAAUAUGACGACCUCCGUGACUUCAAGAACGACUCAACCCUCAUCCGGGAGCCUCAGCCAGAUCGCCCACCCAAGGACUCUGAGAUGAUGAUCGGUGCCAUCAACCCUUAUGCCAUGGUGGAAGCUAUGCUCGGCCACAAGCUUGACCGCCGCUCCAUGAAUGUGGCACGUAUCCUUUCAGAUGUUCUGCAGACCGACUACGAUGAGCUGUUUGACAUGAGACACAAGUCUGUGCUCUACGCUGGUCUGCAGUUGAACGAGAAGGAACGCCGGGCCGAGCAGCUUCACGAGAAGGAGAUGAAGAUCCUUGAUGAGCGUGACCUCAUGACUCCCGAUCUCUCCAGGAUUGAGAAGCUGGGCGACCUUGAGCAGAUUGGACUCAAGCAGCUUGAGCACACCCGAGUCAAGAUGGCACGCAUGCAGAAUGGCAAGCUUCGCGUUGUGUUGGAUGCUCACUCGAUUGGACGAACUGUCACCAACCGAGAGCUCACCCGAUCAAUGAAUGAGCUGGCCACUCCCUUCCGCCACAACGACCACGAGAAGGGCCGCUGGUCUCCCCCUAACAGCACAUGGCGCAACAUCGACGAGAUUGUCUUCCAGCACUACAACCAGAGACUGAUCAUGGACCUGAACCGCGUCCGCCUGGGCAACCACAACUUCAACCACAUCAGCAUGGAGAACGAGUGCAACCACGCCAACCGGUUUGACGAUCCCGUCCAGGGUGCAACCAGCAACUCCUGGUUGAUUGCCGCCAUCUUCUCCGUCUUCUGGGCCAACCCGUCGGUCAUCCAGCGUGCGUCGCGCGUCAUGCCCAACCACGAGAUGAUGCACGGAAACGACCAGGAGGGAGGCAACCGCCGCCGGCGCCACUUCAUCCGCUUCCACGACAAGGGCGGCCGCAACAACUCCAAGACCGAGACCGUCGAGGUCGACUACGAGGUGCCCAUCAACAACUCCAGCAACGACCCCAUCUACUGCCGCGCCUCGGGCGAGAACGACAUCUGGCCGGCGCUGUACGAGAAGGCCUUUGCCAAGUGGAUCACCAGGUCCAACUCGGAGCGCCCCGACAUCACGCAGACGGCCCACGGUGACCCCAUCAAGGCCAUGGCGCAGAUCAACGGCCGGGAGCCGCACUACUACUUCACCGAGAAGCACGAGGCGGCUGCCCUCGUCGGCAUCGUGCGUCGCUGCUCGGUCAACGAGAAGACCAUCAACCCCAUGGCCGCCUUCACCCACGCCUCGGGCCGCAUGUACCGCGGGUCCAACCUGGUCGCCAACCACGCCUACUCGGUGCUGGGCUGGACCAACCACGGCGACCGCCAGUACAUCAUCAUCCGCAACCCGUGGGGUGUCACGGAGCCCAUGGGCCUGACCAGCUACCCGGGUCUCCUCGACCGCGUCGAGCCCGAGUUCUGGCGCCCGGCCUGCAUGGUCGACCACGAGGGUCUGUUGGCCGUCGAGGCUCACGCUUUCCGCGAGUACUUUGCCUGCAUCGGUGUUGCCAAAUGA